AUGACUGAAGUACCAACAAAAGUCGUCGCUUUUGAGAAGGAGAACGUCUCAUCCAAAGGAGUUCCAAAUCUUCCUUCUCCUCCUUCGCCUUUAGGAGACGAAAUUCAAAAUGAUGAAUUAGACGAAGAAGAAGAAGAAGAAGAAGAACGCGCAACGAUUGAAGAAGCCGCGAUCGAGAAGACGAAAGAACAAAACAACGAUAAAGAAGAAGAAGAAGAAGAAGACUUUAUUCGCAUCAAACGAAGAGUUCGAGGGACCAACGAGAAGGAGGAAGAAGAAGAAGAAGUCAUUGCUGAUGCCGCUGAUAUUAAGAAGAAGACAAACGAUAAAGAAGAAGAAAGAGAAGACGUCAACAACAACAACACCGUCGAAAAGUCGUUCAAAAAGAAGACUUUGAAACACAAAUCUGGCGAAAGAGUAGAAAAAGUCGCGUCGAAGAAGAAUACUAGUGGUCAAGGUGACGAAGAAAAAGCAGAAGAAGGAGACAAAUUUGAAUUUGAACUCGAAGAAGAAGAAGAAGAAGAAGAAGAAAUGGAAGAGGACGACGACGAGGAACGAAUCUUAGAGCGACGUUUCGCGGAAACAGGACGUCUGUCCGAAGAUGAAGAGGAGGAUGAAGAGUCUGAAUCCGAGUUGAACUUUUCCUCCUCGGAGGAGGAGGAGAAUGAGUCUUCGUCAGAUUCCGAAGUGGAAGACAACGAAGGAGGUCGACGACGACGAGGAGGACGAAAAGCAACCAAAAAAGGAGGCGGUAAAAAGAAGAAAGCGAUCGAUCCGAACGAUAAAGAAGCCGUCAUGCGACAAAAGAAAGAAGAAGCCGACGAAGCGCACGAGAAGUUGAUGCGUAAAACGGCAAAACACGUACAUUUUCCGGGAUACAGAGUCCAGGCGGAACGCACGUCUUUCCUACCGGUUAUUGAAAAGUUGCAAAAUAAUUUACGAAUGGUUGAGAACGAUGAGAAUUUACGGGCAAGGUACCCUCGACCUCCUCCGUCGCCGGAGAAGAAAGAGUUCCAAGCGGAAGAGGACGCUGAAGGCGCCGUUAAUGAUGGAGUGAAUGAAGAAGUUUCGGAAGAUGAAGGCGAAGACGGCGGGAAGGAGAAAACUAACUUUGACGAGAUCGACGGCAUGGAUUUAUUGAGCGAAGAGGAGGAAGAGGAAGAGGAGGAAAUGAUAGAGCUUGAAGAAGAGAGCGACUCGGACGAUGAAGUUGCCGCGGCAGAAUUCAUCCGCAAAUCUCUUUCCGCCAAGAAAACCAUGAAAGUUGUCGUCAACGAUCCGGCCCAUGCCGAGGACAAAGACAACACCGCAAAGGAAAAUCAAGACGACGAAGACGGAGACGAAGACGACGGUGAACUUUCCGAGGAAGAAGACAUGACUGGAAAAGAAAGACGCGAACAAAGGAAGCUCGCGAGAAACUUCUACAAGGAGGAUCGAAAGAAUCAAAAGAAGGAGAGAAGGUCUAAGAAAGCAACCGAAGGCGUCGACGACGAAGCCGAAAUGUCUGAAGAUGGUGGUCACACCGACGAUGAUGACGAGGACGAUAUAGAAACCGCCCGCGCUGAAAUCGACGAAAUGGCUGAUUUCGUUGAUUUUAGAGAAGGUACUGCCUUAGAUAACGAUGAGAGAAGAAAUGAAGCUCGACGGGACGCGCACGCGAAGAGAGAAUUUCAAGAAGACGAAGAAUACAUAAAAAAAAUGAAAGAGUUAGUAGAGAAUGGAUUCAAGAGACCGAAAAGGGGAUUGAAUGGCGAAGAAGACGAUGACGGUAAAUGGAAAACGAGAAGAACACAAGAGAGAGGAGAUGAUUCCGAGAGCGAGUCUGAUUCUGAUGACCUGCGCAACCUUCGACCCGAGGAAGCGGUUGAAGUUUCCGACGACGAGGACGAAGGCGCGAAAGCGUUUAAAGAAAGACAGGCCCAGCGAUUUUCCAUGAAGAAAGCUUCGGGGGGUGAUACCCAAGAACCAAAUGAGAACGAAGCGUUACCAGAAGUCGGCGAAGGUAAAGUAUCGAUGGAGGUUAUGAAGUUGUUUGAGAAGGAGAAGAACAAAAAAUCGACGAAGUACAACAAUAAAGGCCAAGGGACCACUCAGAGUCAAACGAUCGCGAGCGAUCUCAGUAACAGAGGAGGAGGAGGAAGCGGUAGUGGACUCUCGCGAGGAAAUUCUCAGUUUUCAAAUCUAGGCGCCGCGCGAACAUCGUCGACGAGUUUCUUAAAACGCAACGGAAGCUCAAAAUCUCAGAGCGGUUUCGCGAAAGGUAUCAUCAGCGGUGGCGCUGCAUCGAGAACAUUCGUGUUUGGUAGCGCAUUAGACAACUCAAACUCGCAAUGGGCAACAACACAGAGAGAAACUGAAACGAUGCCGUCUUCCUUAGGUAACAACUUGCUCGGAGGUGAUGAAGCUCGAACGGGUUUCGGCGACGAUGUUGCCAACAAUAACAUCAACUCAAGCGCGUCUGUGAUGGAGAAUAAAAAGAAGAGUUUGUUUUCCAUGUUACAAAAGAGCACGAAAGAUGAAGAUUGGGAGAAGGACGACGACCAGGGACAGGGGAUCAAAAGCGUGCUGGGAAUGUAG